ACUCUGCAGGACCUCUCUGGCAGAGAGCCGGCCGGGGAGGCCGCGGGAACUGAGAAUGGAAGACCCGCAGGACUCGCCUCAGCCCCGAAAAGUCUUGGCUAGUCAGCUCGUGCGUUCUCGGCCGAAUCCUCACCGCGGCCGCAUCGCAAGGCAACGAUUUAUCUUCUAGCUGUGCUUUCCUUUUUCCCAUCCUCUCCUUGGGAAGGCAUUCGCCUAGCGCCCAGGUGGUGUCGGGCGACCCCUGCUCUGCUCACCGUCUGCCUAGUUCCACUGGCGUUUACGCGCUGGUAGUCAGUAGGCUCUGGGGAUGUGGCCUGAUGUACCCGACCCUCGAGGAAGCUCUGACAGUGCCAAACCAGAAAACGAGCAUUCGGGCCAGGUGCCCACGUGUGAUUUUGUACCUAACCUCUCAGCCUCAGUUCCCUCAUCUGUAAAGUGGGCGUGAUCGUGGUACUACCAAAACGAUAGUGUUCAACAACGAGCUCACUCACGUCAAAUGCUUAGUUAAAGCCUCUCAGUAAGCAGUCAAUAAAUAUAUGCGUUUAUUGCAUCCCUUGGUCUUGGGAGAUAGGGGGAAUGGAAUUAGAGUUAGUGGCUGACGCGGCCAAGCAAGGAUUCUACAUGCUCAAAAAUAACGGCACCAUGGAAAACCGGCGAACCUUCCUUUACCAACGAUUCUCUUAGCUCUCGCCGAGGCCCAGCCUCUGACCCUUCUAGCCACGCCGACUCUGUGGUAGCGAACCAUAGAGUGGCGGAAGUGGCCCACCCCUUCCUCUCCCGGUCCAACGGCUUUGUGAAGCUUCUGGGGAUUUCUCUGGCGCGGAGCAUUGUGGGGUUGCUGGGCGUCCCGGGCGCGGAGAAGAGGAGUAGCCGGCUACUGGAUAAGCUUACAAGAUGAUGCCCACACCAGUUAUCCUGUUGAAAGAGGGGACUGAUAGCUCCCAAGGCAUCCCCCAGCUUGUAAGUAACAUCAGUGCCUGCCAGGUGAUUGCUGAGGCUGUCAGAACUACCCUGGGCCCCCGUGGUAUGGACAAGCUCAUUGUGGAUGGCCGAGGCAAAGCAACAAUUUCUAAUGAUGGGGCCACAAUUCUGAAACUCCUUGAUGUUGUCCAUCCUGCAGCGAAGACUUUAGUGGACAUUGCAAAAUCCCAAGAUGCUGAGGUCGGUGAUGGCACCACCUCAGUGACCCUGCUGGCUGCAGAAUUUCUGAAACAGGUGAAACCCUACGUGGAGGAAGGUUUGCACCCGCAGAUCAUCAUCCGAGCUUUCCGCACCGCCACACAGCUGGCAGUUAACAAGAUCAAAGAGAUCGCGGUGACUGUGAAGAAGGAAGAUAAAGUGGAGCAGAGGAAGCUGCUUGAGAAAUGUGCCAUGACUGCUCUGAGCUCCAAGCUGAUCUCCCAGCAGAAAGCCUUCUUCGCUAAGAUGGUGGUGGACGCAGUGAUGAUGCUUGAUGAUUUGCUGCAGCUUAAAAUGAUUGGAAUCAAGAAGGUGCAAGGUGGAGCCCUAGAGGAAUCCCAGCUUGUUGCUGGUGUUGCAUUUAAGAAGACUUUCUCUUAUGCUGGGUUUGAAAUGCAACCCAAAAAGUACCAUAAUCCAAUGAUUGCCCUUUUAAAUGUUGAGCUCGAGCUGAAAGCUGAGAAAGAUAAUGCGGAAAUCAGAGUCCACACAGUUGAGGAUUAUCAGGCAAUUGUUGAUGCUGAGUGGAACAUUCUUUAUGACAAGUUAGAGAAGAUCCAUCAUUCCGGAGCCAAAGUCGUCUUGUCCAAACUCCCCAUCGGGGAUGUGGCCACCCAGUACUUUGCUGACAGGGACAUGUUCUGUGCUGGUCGCGUGCCAGAGGAGGACCUGAAGAGGACAAUGAUGGCUUGUGGAGGCUCCAUCCAGACCAGUGUGAAUGCGCUGUCAUCAGAUGUUCUGGGCCACUGCCAGGUCUUUGAAGAGACUCAGAUUGGAGGCGAGAGGUACAAUUUCUUCACUGGCUGCCCCAAGGCCAAGACAUGUACUAUCAUCCUCCGUGGUGGUGCGGAGCAAUUUAUGGAGGAGACAGAGCGGUCCCUGCACGACGCCAUCAUGAUUGUCAGGAGGGCCAUCAAGAAUGAUUCAGUGGUGGCUGGCGGUGGUGCCAUCGAGAUGGAGCUCUCCAAGUACCUACGAGAUUACUCAAGAACCAUUCCAGGAAAGCAGCAGCUACUGAUCGGGGCCUAUGCCAAGGCCUUGGAAAUUAUCCCACGCCAGCUCUGUGACAAUGCUGGCUUUGAUGCCACAAACAUCCUCAACAAGCUACGGGCUCGGCACGCCCAGGGUGGCAUGUGGUACGGGGUGGACAUCAACAAUGAAGACAUUGCUGACAAUUUUGAGGCCUUUGUGUGGGAGCCAGCAAUGGUGCGGAUCAAUGCCCUGACUGCGGCCUCCGAGGCUGCGUGCCUUAUCGUGUCUGUAGAUGAAACCAUCAAGAACCCUCGCUCGACAGUGGAUGCUCCCCCAGCUGCUGGCCGGGGCCGAGGUCGUGGCCGCCUUCACUGAGAGGUUUCUCAGCCCUCACACGAGUGGCCGGCAGGCUGUGCUUACUCUGUCUUGGUCAAAUAUUACAAGGAAGGGGUAGUAUUUGGCCCACUCUGUUCUCACUGGAGGUUAUUUAAUAAAACUUCAAAGACUUAGAA